AUGGAACUCUUUCUCUUCAAGUUUUCUACUUUCUUUCGUUCUCUCUCCCUUACUUCUACUUUUACACUUCGAACAAAAAACCCGUUUAAAAAAGGCUUCAAAAAUUACGCUAUUGUAGGAGUUUACCAGAUUUCAUCAAAAACUGAAAACGAUUCCUUGACUGGACAACCGAAAUUUAAAGAUUCUCCCAACAACACUUCUACCUUGUUCCGUCCUGGCAAAGUCCGUGGCGUUGUCACGGCGAACCCAUUGAACGUCGAGCAUAUUCUCAAGACCAACUUUGAGAACUACCCAAAAGGCUAUCGGUUCAUCCGGCUUCUUGAAGAUUUUCUCGGCCGAGGAAUCUUUAACUCCGAUGGAGAGUUAUGGAAAGUCCAGAGGAAAACUUCUAGCUAUGAGUUCAACACAAAAUCGCUUCGAAAUUUCGUUAUGGAGAAUGUCAGUACUGAGAUAUUGUCAAGGUUAGUUCCCAUUUUAAACAAAGCCUCGAAAACAGAACUAGUGUUGGAUUUACAAGAUAUUUUAGAGCGUUUUGCGUUUGAUAACAUAUGUAAGGUGGCUUUUAACGUUGAUCCCGGUUGUCUUGGUGGAGAUGGAACUGCUCGUUCCGAGUUUAUGCGUGCGUUUGAAGAUGCAGCAACUCUUAGUGCUAGCAGAUUCUUGUCUGUAUUCGCAUUCAUAUGGAGAAUCAAGAGGUUAUUUAACAUAGGAUCAGAACGUGUACUGAGAAAAUCAAUUUCAGAAGUUCAUGAAUUCGCUAACGAUAUUAUUCGUUCAAGAACGGAAGCAAAAGCCAAAAAUAUGGAUGAAGAUUUACUAUCACGAUUUAUCGGAAGUGAUAAUCAUUACUCCCCGGAAUUUCUCCGAGAUAUAGUCAUAAGCUUCAUUCUUGCAGGACGAGACACGACAUCUUCCGCUUUAAGUUCCUUCUUCUGGGUAUUAUCUACCCGUCCAGACGUUCAACAAAAGAUAUUGAAGGAGCUUGAGUCAAUUCGGAGCCGAAACGGAAAAAGUAUCGGAAAUGUUUACAGUUACGAUGAAUUACGAGAGAUGCAUUAUUUGCAUGCAACGAUAUCUGAAGCAAUGAGAUUGUACCCGCCAGUACCCAUCGAUACAAAAGCUUGCAUCAAGGACGAUAUGUUGCCGGACGGCACAUUUGUCGGCAAAGGAUGGUUUGUAACGUAUCAUGCAUAUACGAUGGGGCGAAUGGAGAGCAUAUGGGGCGAGAAUUGCCAUGAAUAUCUACCCGAAAGGUGGCUGGAAAAUGGAAUUUAUCGGCCGGAAAAUAUGUUUAAGUUCCCGGUAUUUCAUGCUGGGCCGAGAAUGUGUCUGGGGAAAGAAAUGGCAUAUAUUCAGAUGAAAUCAAUUGCAGCGUCUGUGAUAGAGAGGUUUGUGAUUGACGUACAGGGUAAGGGGAAGUGUCCUGGACACGUGUUAUCGUUGACUCUGAGAAUGAAAAAUGGGUUACAUGUCAGAGUGAAAGAAAGAUGUGUAGACAUAAUCAACUGAGCUAAUGAAUCAGUAAUUAAGUUCAUAUGCUUCUGUGUAAUAAAAUAUAUUUGUUUGAUAAUGUAUGUGAUUGCGAAACGCGGGCACCGAUUUUGCCAACCACCGUCCUUGUCAGCAACUUUGCUUAAAAUUCCUCUCCACA